AUGGACAACUUCUUCGGCAACCAGCUUUCCCAAGAGGAGCUGCAGCGCCGCCAUGCCCAGCAACGUAGCCAGAGACGCCAAGCUACUGCGUUGAACCAGCCAGUUCAACAGACCCAAUAUUGUCCUGUAACGGCCGCAAACCCGGAUACCUCUAUGGUAGGCGCUGAUUCUCUUGACGAUAUCAUCCGCAACAAUUCUCAGGAGCUCCAAAGGCGUCGGAGUUUGCCGCAGCAAUUCCCGGCCCAGAUAUCACAAGCAGACACCGAUCGGAGAAUGUCCAUGAUGGAGUUUGGCAGUAGCGAUCCUUCCUUUAGGGAUUAUCAAUUCGGGGUCAUGUCAAAUUCGUCAGUCGAUGCUAUGAACACCGGCUUUCCCAGUCUCAACACCAAUAUUACCUUGCCAGGUACUUCGGCAGGUUUCUCUUCCCCAACCAUGCUUGCCGAUGAAUUUUCAACGCUAUCACCGGACAUGGUUGGCAAUAUGAUCGCCUUCUCCAACAUGAAUAUGGGCCAAAUGGGUUCUGAUCCUUCCAUGAACAUGUUCACAUCGGCGACUACGAUGUCUACCGCAUUUCCGUCAAACUCCAUGGAUGGACUGCCAACUGAAUUUAACAUCGACUUGUCGGGUGAAAAUACCGCUAUGGGCACCGUUCCACAUCACUCCGGUGCUGGCAUGUCGGUAGAUGCCGGCGAUGAUAGUUUGAUGCACACUUCUCCCCAAUUUUCUCCGUCUCACCAACAUGGCCAACCAACGAAUCUUAACUUGGAUACUUCUAUGAACGGUUUCCAACCUAGUAUUUCCCCUCAGUCUUCUUCACAGAUCCCGCCCCAGACUCUCGUAUCGUCUACGCCCUCAUACGAGUCCCCUAUGGCUACCACGACUGAGACAACUCCAGAGAGCGGCGCUCCCUCUCAGCCAAUCGUAUCGGCUAAUCCUGCCAUGACUUCUCAGCCUGUCAAAGAGAAAACUAUUUACUCUAAAAGCGGGUUUGAUAUGUUGAGAGCCCUUUGGCUCGUGGCUACGCGUAAAAGCCCACAGGUCAAUCUCGGCGCAGUCGAUAUGUCUUGUGCUUUCGUCGUCUGUGAUGUUACGAUGAAUGACUGUCCCAUCAUAUAUGUCUCGGACAAUUUUCAAAACCUGACCGGUUAUAGUCGACACGAAAUUGUUGGCCAGAAUUGCCGUUUUCUCCAGGCGCCGGAUGGCAAGGUUGAAGCAGGCACAAAACGAGAGUUUGUCGACAAUGGGGCGGUUUAUAACUUGAAGCAAAAGAUCGCAGAAGGGAAGGAAGUCCAACAAAGCUUGAUUAACUAUCGAAAAGGUGGUAAACCUUUUUUGAACCUACUAACCAUGAUUCCUAUCCCGUGGGAUACUGCUGAAAUUAGAUACAUCAUUGGGUUUCAGAUUGAUCUUGUUGAAUGCCCGGAUGCCAUCGCCUCUCAUCAAGGUCCAGGUACCAUGAAGGUCAAUUACAAGCAUAGCGAUAUUGGCCAGUAUAUCUGGACCCCGCCAGCAUCAAGCCAAUGGGAACCAGAGAAUGGCCAAACACUAGGGGUCGACGACGUAUCUACCCUGCUUCAACAGUUCAAUCCUAAAGGAUCCGUUUCUGAUUGGCAUCGGCAAUCAUGGGACAAGAUGCUUCUUGAGAAUGCCGAUGACGUCGUCCACGUAUUGUCCUUAAAGGGGCUUUUUCUUUACUUAUCGCCAUCCUGUAAGCGUAUCCUCGAAUAUGAUGCUACCGAACUUGUCGGGAAUUCUAUCUCGUCUAUCUCCCACCCCUCCGACAUUGUUCCAGUUACCCGCGAGCUUAAAGAUGCUACUAAUGGGAGUUCGGUGAACAUCGUUUUCCGCAUACGAAGAAAACAAAAUGGGUAUACCUGGUUUGAAAGUCAUGGCUCGCUGUUUGUAGAGCAGGGGAAGGGUCGAAAGUGUAUAAUCCUUGUUGGUCGGAAGCGUCCGGUUUUCGCUCUCAGUCGACGUGAGCUAGAGGCCAAUGGCGGCAUCGGCGACAGCGAAUUAUGGACAAAACUCUCUACAUCUGGCAUGUUUCUUUUCGUCUCCGCCAACGUUCGGUCUCUGUUGGAUUUGCAACCAGAAAACCUUGUAGGGACCAGUAUUCAGGAGUUGAUGCGCAAAGAAUCGCGCGCCGAAUUUGGCCGUUCUAUCGAGAAGGCGAGGAGAGGACGUAUAGUUACCUGCAAGCAUGAGGUACAAAAUCGUCGAGGUCAAGUCCUCCAAGCCCACACCGUCAUGUAUCCGGGUGAUGCCUCGGAAGGACAGAAACCAACCUUCCUGCUUGCGCAAACGAAGCUUGUCAAGGCAUCUUCACGUACGACGGGACCAGCUGUGUCUGCACUUUCUAGUAGACAAGCUUCUACGGGCCACUCAUCCGCUGACCCCAAGACAAUGUCCACUUUCACCGUUUUACAAGGAGGCGCCGUACCGGACGAGCAGCGCUCUGGCGUUCUAUCCGCAGCCGCGGGCGGCGGUAUGGCUCCCGGCAAUCAAGACAGGGCUCUCGCCUCAGAUGACAAUAUUUUCGACGAACUCAAGACGACCAGGUGUACCAGUUGGCAGUAUGAACUGCGGCAGAUGGAAAAGGUGAACCGAGUGCUUGCGGAGGAACUGCAUGGGCUUUUGUCCAACAAGAAAAAGCGCAAGCGUAGAAAGGGAGUCGGAAAUUUUAUCCGAGACUGUGCCAAUUGCCAUACUCGCAACACACCGGAGUGGCGGAGAGGCCCGAGUGGACAAAGGGACCUAUGUAACAGCUGCGGCCUUAGGUGGGCAAAGCAGACAGGCAGGGUCUCUCCACGAAAUUCCUCCCGUGGUGGUAACGGCGAUGCGGCAAGUAAGAAAUCCAACUCGCCCGUCCAUUCAUCUCCAUUGCAGCGCGAGAUGCCCACAAAUGAGAUUACCGAGCAGCCUUCCGAGGCAGAUAACAACAUGGCGGUGCAUAGACCGUCGGGUCCUAACAUGAUUCCCGGUACCAGCAAUAUCGGUACGACGCCAACCGGGUCUAGGCCCUUUUCGAUGCCUCCCCCAAGUCAACCCCUACUUGGCACCGGUGUUAUCAGUAGUGAAAUGACAGCUAUCCAGGAAGAACGGGAGGUGAGCAUGUAG